AUGAAGGUGAUUGUUGAAGCCAGAGUUUUGAAGGGAAAGUAAGUUUUGUCGUUUUUAAAUCAUUUUUUCGUAUUUUAGAGAUCGAAAUGAAGUUGGAUUGAAGCAGAACGAGCUGUUAAAGCAUUUGAUAUCAAAAGGAGCCGUACCUAACUGGAAACCAGUGCCUGUGACUUGUCCAGAUUUGGCAUCUUUAAUCGACUAUGUUUUAGUUGGAUUUGAUCACGAAGAGGAUUCGGUACGUUGUUUCUGAUAAUUAAUUUGUACUUCUUACAUAAUAAAUAUACCUUGUAAAACACAAAGUAUUUUUUUAAUGUCUUGGUCUUUGUAAAACUCGUCUAUACUCUUGUAUUGCUUUAGGAAGUAAGUGUUACUGAAGAAACCGAGGUUGUCUUUUAUUGGUCGAAAGACUAUGAACCUUGUGUUCAAGAGAUAUUCCUGGAUGAGAACAGCAGCGAGAGUGCAGUCAGUUCGACUAUCUGGGAGAUUCCUAACACAGAGUUUGACAGUAUUUGGGAGAAUCUGUUCUUUGAGAACAAUUUGAAAGGAGAGGUAUGUUAACUUAGCUUUUGUUACCUAAAUUGCCUCUAAAUGAUCAUCAAGAUAUGUUUAACGUUUCCAAUCAUAACUUUUCUUUUUUUCAGUUACUUCGAUAUGCUUGUGGAGUGAUUAAGCUUUCAAACCUUGGUGUAGAUCGGAAUGUGAUUGAUUUGAACCGGUUGAUGUUACUUCAUGGUACGUUUUCUUUGAAUUUUAAAUUGUUUUGAUGUUUAGGGCCACCAGGAUCAGGAAAAACUUCGCUUUGUAAAGGACUGGCACAACGUAUCGCUUCAAGAUAUCAAGGAACAUACAAGAGAAGUAUCUUUGUUGAGGUAAACAGCCACAGUCUGUUCUCGAAGUGGUUCAGUGAGGUAAGUUAAUGUAGCUUUAAAUAAGCCUGGAUGGCGUUACUGGCUUAUAAUUAUAAUAAAAUUUUAUGUUAAAGCAACUUUUCACAGUUUUGUCAAUUUAUAUUGUUUUAGAGUGGUAAAUUAGUACAAAAACUGUUCGAUCAAGUAGUUGAGAUAGCAGAAGAGCCAAAAAGUCUGGUUAUUAUGUUGGUAGAUGAGGUCGAGAGCUUGGUCAUGAGCAGGACAUCAGCUCACUCCAAUGAUCCAUCAGAUUCGAUUAGAGCUGUGAAUGCCGUUAUUACUCAAAUCGACCGAAUUCGUCGAUAUCCUAACGUUCUUGUGCUCACUACAUCCAAUAUUACUGAAGCUUUGGAUCCGGCUUUUCUCGACAGAACAGAUAUUUCCAAGUUUGUUGGGAAUCCGUCAAGGAAGGCGGCUUCUGGCAUCUUGUCAAAAGCUGUCAAUGAAAUGUGCAGGGUAGGUUAAAAUAUUUUAUGUUUAAUAACUGAAGGAUUCUUGUAAAAUUAAAUGUAAAGAAGGUGAUUAUUGUAAAAGAGGCUGUUAAAGGAAUAAGCCUUUACGGAUUGUACCUUAAAAGAAUAGUUUAAUGCAGGUUUCUAAAAUUUCAGGUUGGCGCAUUUUCAAACAAAGUAAACCAAGAUAUUGAGAAAGAGAUUGAAGGAAUUACAGGAAGAAAUGACACACAGAAAUUGAGUGGUCGGAUACUCAAAAAAGCACCAGUUUUGGCCUACUCAAAGAUGAAUACGGUAAGUUAUUGUUAUUUAGUUGAUUUAAGGCUUUUAUUAUCUGUUCUAGUAUUUUGAUUGUUAUAAAUAUCAAAAUUUGCAAACCGUCUUAAAAACAUACGUUUUGUUUUAAAUUGAAAUUUUUUAGUGCAGGGAUAUUACACUCGAUAACUAUUUGGUACAGCUGGAGAGAACGCUGAAAGAUCUCAAUCUACGGCCUUAA